AAUUCCUAGUUCUAUAGAACUUAAGAAUAACAAAUCUGCAUUGGAAAAUGCCAAUUUUGUAUCAAAUGAAAUAGAAAAGUUGGUAAAAAAAAAUGGCUGUGUUCGACAGGUUAUGGACAAACCUAAAGUAGUGAAUCCAUUGACUGUAGCAGGUAAUAAACAAAAACAAAAGUUGGUUUUAGAUUCUAGGCAUGUCAAUCCACAUUUAUUUAAAUACAAACACAAGUAUGAAGACGCGAGUACAUCACGUGAACUUUUUCAAGAGGGUGAUUACAUUUUUUCAUUUGAUUUGAAAAGCGCUUAUCAUCAUAUUAUGAUAAAUGAGUUAGACAGAGAGUAUUUGGGUUUUAAAUGGGAAAACAAAUUCUAUGUGUUUAACGUUCUGCCAUUUGGCAUUAGCACUGCUGGAUAUAUUUUCACAAAGGUUUUGCGAGAAGUAGUUAAAUUUUGGAGAUCGAAGGGUUAUAAAAUCGUUAUGUAUUUAGAUGACGGCAUAGGUGGCGCUAAAACUUUAGAUCACGCUAGAAUUGUUAGUGAAAAAAUUCAAGCUGAUUUAAAUGCAUUAGGUUUUUUAGUGGCUGAUGAGAAGAGUCAUUGGGAACCAGUUCAAGAAAUAAUAUGGCUAGGUUUUGUUUGGGACACAAAAUGUGAUAGAAUAUCAGUAUCAAAUUAAAGGAUAAACAAACUUAAGGGAAAUGUUCAAAAUAUUUUGGAAGGCAUCAAAGCCGGAUACGAAUGGUUUGAAGUGCGAUCCAUUGCAUCAGUAGUCGGUCAGAUCAUUUCAACACAAACUGUGUUUGGAGAUGCAGUUAGGCUAAGAACCAGGUAUAUGUAUUAUUGCAUUUUAAUAAGAUCCAGUUGGAAUUCUUAUAUUAUGUUGAGUAAGGAAGCUGUAGACGAAUUUCAGUUUUGGCUAAAAAAUUUGGAAAGCAUGAAUGAAAAGGGUGCUCCGUUGAGUAAGGUAAGGGACAAAGAUGUCAGACAAAUUGAAGUAUUUUGUGAUGCUUCAGAUUCUGGAUACGGAGGUCAUUUGACUAUAAGUUCAAAGGAUGAACAGAAGGAAUACGAAUGGUAUGGUAUUUGGAAUGAGUGUGAAAGUAGACAGAGUUCCACUUGGAGGGAACUUGAAACUGUGGAGAGAAUUUUAGAUAAUUCUGUGGAUUUGGUCAAGAGCAAUUCAGUUGAAGUAAAUUCAGAUAACAAGAAUGUGCCACACAUACUUAAGGAAUAGGUUUGCAGGAUAGAGUUCGGGAGGUAGCGCUGGACAGUGGAGUGAAACCUGGCAGUUAUUUGGACGAUCUUUGUCCCCACAUGAGUGUUUUGAUAUUAUCAAGUAAAAGUGACAACACGAACAAAAACUAUUUCAACGCUUUCAAAAGAUGGGAGACCUUCAUCAAAUCACAUGGACAUAGUGCACUUCCGGCAAACCCCAUUCACGUGGCAUUGUAUUUGACACAGCUUUUAGAUA